UACUUAUUCUGAAAGCACACUUUUUCUUCAUUCGUCUUCGUCUUCUCUCUCUCUCUCUCUCUCUCUCUCUCUCUCUCUCUCUCUCUCGUCUUCAACAACUACACAUGCAUCAGUCAAGGACUUUUUGCAGGUAAUGAAGGAUUUCAUUCAUGAUUAACUUAGCCGAAGGUCUGUGUUGGUACCCUUGGAGGCCUCCAAUUAUGUGGCUAGCGAGUUUCUAGCCCUUUGAUCGGUUUUCGCCUAUUAAUUGAGGAGUUUGUUGGAUCCUUCUUUACCUAAUUCUUCAUUGCUUUUGUUUUAGACAAGACUUGAAGACUUUGGUUUGUUUGUUUGAUUUCAACGAUAAUGGGAUAUCGGUGCUUUUUCGAGAUCAAUUUAACAUCCGAGACUCAAAAAAGAGACGAAGAGAAGCAAAAUUGAAGUAAUUUUUCUGUUUAGCGAUCCUAGCAAGUGGAAUUGAUUGCAAGCUGAUACGAGAAAUAUUUAUUACACGAUUCUUCAAUGGAUUUGAUUCAAAAUAAAGUUCAUUACUGUUGUGUUUCUAAAGGAAACCACAUCUCGUAUGCUUAUAGCGGCGGAGACCAAGAAGUUGAGAAUGUCGUAGCCUCGUGCUUGGAGGCGGCUCCUUCGUUUCACAGGUGGUAUUUUGAGACAAUAGGUAAAAGGACUUACGGGUUUCUUAUGGAAGACGGGUAUGUUUACUUCACAGUUGUAGACGAAGGUCUUGGUAACUCAGUAGUUCUUCGAUUUUUGGAACAUGUUAGAGAUGAAUUCAGAAAGCUAGCUAAAAAAGGUUCGAGGGGAUUUUCGCCAAACAUGAAUUCGAUUUACGUUCAAGAGAAACUGGUUCCUGUCAUUCGGAAUCUCAUCACUUCGUUAGAGAAUGUCUCACAUAGCAGUAGGAAUUGGAGAGACGAAACUUCGUCGUCUUCUCAUGUGGAUCUAUCUCCAUCACCAAGUAAUUUGAAUGGACAAGUCGAAGGCGCUGUUUCAACAAAAGCCCCUUUAUUGGGAAAAUCUAGCAAGCCAGAGAAGAAGAAAGUAAAAGAUCAUGUGAUAGCAAUGAGAGAUAUCGAGUUAGAGGAGCAUCGAAAAUCUACCGAGAGAGGAACAAGGACUGAUUCAGGAAAUCUUGAUAGUAUUAGCCAAGGCGGUGCAGGUGCAUCGGCUUCUUUGCAAAAGGACAUCGGUUCGAUGAGGAUGAGAUCUGGACCUCAGAACGUUCAUAAGAAAUGGUGGCGCCAAGUACGUAUUGUUCUAGCUAUCGAUGCAGCUGUAUGUAUAAUAUUAUUCAUCAUCUGGUUAGUUAUAUGUCGCGGUAUAUCAUGCAUUCGAUAGAAUUCAAUCCUCUUACGCGACUCCGAGUUUUAACGUUAAAUUAGUUUCUUUAGUAGAGCAUGUAGUUGGAAAUUACAUAUUUAUCUUGUUGGUAAGAUCUAUUUUUAGGCACUUGCUUCUUGUAUAUGAAUUUUGAAAAGAUUUAAUGGUUUGACCUGUUUCUAUAUUUUUCUUUUAUAUAUACAUACAGAGAUUAUUGUUA